AUGGAGGAUACAGGUGUUAUCGGGUUCGAGGUUCGUUGUUCUGUGAAAGUGUCGGAUGCAGGUUUGGAGGAUAGAUCAUCGUCAGAUGGUUCCGAGAGAGCACAGACCACGUGUAGUGACAACCCAUGUGUGAUUGGUACUUGUAUACCACAAAGCGGCAAUCCUAGGUAUAUUUGUAAAUGCUAUGAAGGUGUCACAGGACAACAGUGUGAAACAAAUAUUGACGAAUGUAUUAGCGAUCCUUGUCAACAUGAAGGAACAUGUGUGAAUGUUAUACCAGGCUAUCACUGUUCAUGUCAACCAGGGUGGACUGGAGUCAAUUGUGAAAACGAAACUGGUCCAUGCGUUGUUGAGCAGGGCGACGAGCCGCCGUGUCAGCACGGUGGCGCUUGUACAGCAAUCAACGAUGUCGACUAUGUUUGUGAAUGCCCAAAAAACUAUAGCGGCAACAUCUGUGAAAACGAUGUGAAUGAAUGCGUCACGUUAGCUGAGUAUCCCUGCAUUAAUGGCGGUACAUGUGUCAACAUUGAUGGCAGUUAUUAUUGUGACUGUCCACCUGGUUUUACUGACGAGUCUUGUCAAACACCUAUCGACCUAUGUGCCAAUUCACCUUGUGAAAAUGGCGGUACCUGUGAAACCAUAGAGGACGGCAAUGACUACCAAUGCUUAUGCACAGUAAGGUGGCAAGGAGACAACUGUCAAAUAGAGAAAAAUGCGUGUGGAAUCGAUCCUUGUAAAAAUGGAGGCACGUGUAAUAACCACUACACGUAUUACACAUGUACAUGUCCUGCACAUUACUAUGGCGAUACAUGUGGCAGUGAGUAUGGUAUUUGUUACGCCACUGGAAAUGCACAUUACAUCACAUUCGAUGAAAGGUGGUUUGAUUUCUAUGGAACGUGCAAAUAUCAAUUCGUCGAUAGAUGUGACGAUAUUCCUAGUCCUAGAAUGAAAGUGUUGACGCAGAAUACAAGACCGUCUACUGAAUCUGACACUACCUAUAUAUCUGACGUGUUCAUAACUGUUGGUGCUUAUGAAAUUAGUCUGGGUGCUGGAAUGGACGUUCUAGUAAACAACAUUAAAGUGAAUCUACCAAUAAAUAUAGGCGCAGGUGAAAUAACUAUCGAAUAUGUUGGCCUCUAUGUGGAACUCAGCACAGACUUUGACGCUGUUGUGAAAUGGGACGGCUACAAUACACUAGAGGUUCGCCUUCCUGUUACAUUAAUUGGAAAGACGUGUGGGUUAUGUGGCAAUUUUAAUGGAGAUCCAUCCGAUGAUUUGAUGACACCAAACAUGGAACAGGUCAAUAGUACUGUAGAAUUUGGAAACAGUUGGGCUGUUGAAGAGUUAGGCACAACGUGUAUAGACGCAGAGGACAUAUCAAUCAAUUGCUCAUCAACGUCCCGAACAGAAGCUGAAUACCUUUGUGGUAUUAUCACCGACCCUGCAGGUCCAUUAAGUUCCUGCAAUGCGACAUUACAAAACUGGUACGUAAAGAAUUUCUACGAUGCUUGCAUCCACGAUGUGUGCACUGAUCCCGAUAUGGCGUCUUCUAAAGCAUGUCACGUGAUUGAACUGUAUGCUCAAGUUUGCUCGGACGAGGAAGUACCCUUGGGAAGCUGGAGAAAUCUUACCAAUUGUCCUGCAACAUGCCCUGGUAACACUGUGUAUGAGUGGUGUGCCAAUGCAUGCCGACCAGACUGCGCAUAUGAAAAUGAAGAGGCGUGUGAGAAGAAUUGCAUCGAAGGAUGCGUCUGCCCGCCUGACAUGGUGUUCGACGGUGGUCUCAGGACAUGCGUUAAUCGAAUGCAGUGUGGUUGCAGCAGCGACGGUAGAUACUAUGUGGCAGACACGUCAUUCGUCGACGGAGAUGUGUGCCAGACAGCGUGUACAUGUGAUUCUAAUCACACCCUCGAAUGCGUUGACAAUACCUGUCCUGAAAACUCCCAAUGUCUUAUUAACAACACAGCGCUUGAAUGUGUAUGUAACAACGGCUAUGUAUUUAACGGAACCCACUGCGAUGACAUCAACGAGUGCUACGAUAGUCCGUGUGACCAUGGUGUCUGCCGAGACCAGGAAGGGUUUUACGAAUGUGACUGUGAGCCAUAUUAUAAUGGCGUUAAUUGUGAUAACUACGACGAUUGUUACAGUUCACCUUGUCAGAAUGGAGCAAGUUGUGUGGAUCUUGACUCUGAUUACAGCUGUACCUGCUUAGUUGGGUAUUCAGGACUCAAUUGUGAAAACGAUACCGACGAAUGCUCGAGUAACCCUUGCCAAAAUCUUGGAGUUUGCUAUAAUGGCUUAGCUUUCUAUAACUGUACGUGCUUACCUGGAACAGAUGGAUAUAACUGCCAAAUAGUGAAUGACGCUUGUUAUAGUAAUCCGUGUCAAAAUAAAGGUGCGUGUGAUCAAGUGGGGAAUUCAACCACCAAUUAUACAUGUACUUGUGCAGCGGGUUUCACUGGAGACAAUUGUGAAACAGCUUUGGACAAAUGCGUGGGCGACCCGUGUGGACCAAACGGCGAGUGUCAAAACAAAUACACAUACUAUAAUUGUAUAUGCAAUGAAGGGUUUAUGGGAAGGCAUUGUGAUAUAGAAUUCGCCAUUUGUGUGGCCUCCGGUGACCCUCACUACAGGACAUUUGACGGGGUGUAUUUUGAUUAUCAGGGAACAUGUCAGUAUGUUUUAGCCAAGAACUGUGGAGAAGACCAACCCCCAUUUGAAGUAGAUGUGUUCAAUCAAAGAAAGUACCCGGAUGCAUCUGUUUCUUAUACCUAUGAAGUACAAAUUGAAGUAAACGGAUCGUAUAUUUUCUUUGGCCAAAACAGAGAAGUCAGAGUGGAUGGACUAAUAAUAACACCACCGGCCAUUCUAAACAGUGGUGUCACUAUCUCGUAUGUUGGACUCAAUGUGGUAGGUAUCGUCCAACUACGAUUGGUGUUAGUUGCAGAAUUUGGGCUUACUGUGAGAUGGGAUGGAGAUAAUACCGUUGAUGUCAGUGUACAGUCUAACUACAAGAAUAAGGUUUGCGGUCUCUGUGGGAACUAUAAUGGUAAUACCACUGAUGAAUUCACAACACAAACUGGCAACAUUGAGGGAUCUGAACUUGCAUUUGGUAAUAGCUGGGCUAAAGAACCCCAAGAUGAUCGUUAUCCUAGAUGUCAACCAAUAACAAGUACAGCUGACCCAUGUUCAACACUUGAUUCAGAUAUCAUUAGUGCUGCACAAGUCAAUUGCUCUAUCAUAACAAACGUUAAUGGACCAUUUGCGGGUUGCCAUUCUCGUAUAGCACCUCAGCGAUAUGCCGAUGACUGUGUCUACGAUAUAUGCGCUGACCCAGACCAAGGUUACCGGGUUGUUUGCGAUAUGGUAGCAUCGUAUGCGUUAAUGUGCCGUAGUAACUACAUCAGCAUAGGAGACUGGCGCACGAUCGCUGAAUGCCCUCUCGCAUGUCCCACUGAUAGUGUGUACAAACAUAGCGUAUCCGCGUGUACGCCCACGUGUGGAAAUAAGCAGGCCAAUCCACUCACUUGUGAGUACCCGGAUAUUGAAUCAUGUGAAUGCCUAGAUGGAAAGCUUCUAGAUGGUGACAAAUGUGUAAGUCCUAGCGAAUGUGGCUGUUUUGAAGAUGGGCUGCACGUGUCCGUUGGUGGUACAAUCCCAACUAUGUAUUGUAAUGAGACAUGUACAUGCGAAGCAAACAACACUAUUACAUGCAUUCCAUCGACAUGUCACGAGAAGUCAUUUUGUGGUCUACAAUAUGGUGUUCAGGGUUGUCACUGUAUCAGUGGUUAUGAAGGUACUGGUAUAACUUGCCAAGAUAUCAACGAAUGCGAAAGUAAUCCUUGUAUCCAAGGCAACUGUAUCAAUUUGGAAAAUGCCUUUGCUUGUAACUGCUCCGCUGGCUUCACCGGAGAUUUCUGCCAGGUCUAUGACGAGUGUUAUGCUGACCCAUGUGAAAACGGAGCCACCUGUGUUGACUUGGAAAAUGCCUAUCAGUGUUUGUGUGUUGAUGGAUAUGAAGGUACCGACUGUGAAAAAGAGAUAAAUCUAUGCGAUAGUGACCCUUGUCAAAAUGGAGCAAAUUGUACAAGUUUUUUCAAUGGGUUCAAUUGCACAUGUACAUCGGGUUUCAAUGGUUCAUUCUGUGAAAUUGAUAUCGAUGAAUGUGCAAGUAAUCCAUGCCAAAAUGGAGGAACGUGCUAUGACAAGGAAAACGAGUUUAUCUGUCAAUGUAAACCCCAAUACACUGGCGUCACCUGUGCGGAUGAUGUUCAAGGACUUUGUCAAUCGCAGCCCUGCUUCAAUGGCGCCACAUGCAUUGAUUUUGUCAACUUUAGGUUUUGUCGUUGUGUGGCUGGUUAUUCUGGCAUUGACUGCAGUGUAGAUGUGAACGAGUGUGGGAGUGAUCCUUGUCAGAAUAACGGCAGCUGCACGGACUUGGUUAAUGGAUAUAACUGUACUUGUCCAGUGGGUUUUACUGGAGUCAAUUGCGAACGAGAUAUUGGUGACAUUGUGGUGGUCAACGUCACUGUUGUUCAGAAAUGCAGCCUGUCAGCCAGUAUUACAUGGGUACUUACAGAUGUCGUCACAUGGGUACAGGUAAAAUACAGAGAAGAAGGAAGUACCGAUUGGAUCACUGCUGGUACAAUUGCUGGAAAUCAACGGUUAUUCGUUCUGCUUGGAUUAAAUCCAGUCACGACAUACGAAAUUGACAUUAUCGCAAUGAGAAAUAGCGGGAGUUAUGGGUUUGCGGAAAUAACAACAGUUGACACAUGUAUAAGUGGAUAUUAUGGCUUAGAUUGUAACAGUGAUAAUUCGCAAGGGCCUUUCGAUGUGCAAGUAACAUAUUCAACAACGACUACGUUAACCAUAUCUUGGUCGAUUUUAAUAUCACUGGAGAAUACUGUACAAGAAUAUGUGAUUCAGUACAGACAAUUGGGUUCCAUUGAAUGGUGGAAUGGGACAGUAGUAGAUUCCACUCUUCGUAAUGGCAUGUUCACCGGUUUGGAACCUGACUCGUACUACCAGGUUCGGGUUAUAGCAAACUUCAACGAUGGUACCCACGUGCCGUCAUCUGGUUGUAUUGAUACUCUUCAUACAUGUGAUGGUAGAAGAGAAGGACCCAACUGUGAACACGAAUAUUCCAUAUGUUCUGGUUGGGGUGAUCCACAUUAUACGACAUUUGAUGGCAUGAAGUACGAUUUCCAGGGAGAUUGUACAUACACUCUGGUAACAAACUGUGUGGAAGAAGAUGACAUUGCAACAUUUGAAGUUAUGGCUGACAACAGAAAGAACCACCCAGACGACAACGUUUCAUUCACGCGAGAAGUCACUGUGACUAUCGGGACUAUGACUGUUGCCAUGCAAUCUGACGGAGUAGUGCACGUGAACGGCGUAGAGGUAAACCUGCCCUGCCAGCCUUCUGAUGGCAUCGUAAUUAUGAGAAGUGGUUUACUUGUGAACCUGGUUACAGAUAUCGGGCUAUCAGUCAAGUAUGAUGGAAAUGAACGAUUUGAAGUGAAGCUACCAACUUCAUUCAUGAAUAAAACAUGUGGACUUUGUGGAAACUUUGAUGGACUUCCUGACAUAGAGUUUACACCAAACGGCACAUUGACUGCUGUUGGCGCAAUGUUUGGGAACAGCUGGGUUAGUGACAACUCAUCUGACUGCGAUUUCAAUGUAGGGGAUAUUACACCUUGUGCGAAUACAGAAGCAGACAUGGCUGCCGUCAAAUCUAUGUGUAGUAUACUGAAUGAAACGACAGGGCCAUUCGCUGACUGUCAUUCUAAGCUUCCGCCGGAAUCAUACUAUGAGACAUGUGAAUACGACCUAUGUGCUAUGUGGCCGGAUGUCUCGAUGAAGUGUGACGUCAUUGAACUAUACGCUGCUGACUGUGCUGCUUUAGGUGUUAUAGCUGACAGCUGGAGAACGUCUGAAUUUUGUCCAUUGAGCUGUCCUCUGCACUCAACGUACAGUGCGUGUGUGACAUGCCCACAGUCCUGUGCUGAUUCAUACGCUCUCCAGUCGUGCGCACAUGUCUGUUCAGAAGGAUGCCUGUGCGAUGAAGGAUACCUAUUGGAGGGAGAUACAUGCGUGGUGCCCGACACGUGCGGAUGUGUCGAUGAAGGCUAUUAUUAUAAGGUUGGAGAAGAGUAUGUAGAUGCGAGUUGCAGCAGACGAUGUUCCUGCAAUUCCGGUGGUACAAUAAAGUGUGAAGACAUAAAAUGCCACACAAACGCCAUCUGCCAGAUUCGUGAUGCAAGCAGAAACUGUUUCUGUAAAGAUGGUUAUAUUGGAAACGGUAUAGAGUGUGUGAAUGAUAUCCCAUACGACGUACAAGAGGUACAAGUAAGCAGUAUUGGUAUCACUGUUACCUGGAAACUCGAUUUCAUAGCAUCUAGAACAAUUGUCCGAUAUCGAAAAGAAGCAAAUGAUGAAUGGACAGAGAUGGACCCCAUAAUGUCUGACCAGUUAAUUAUCUUUCUUCAAAUGCUGGAUAGUGAGACUACCUACGCAAUUCAAAUCCUUGUGCGCCGAUUGGAUGGGUCAAUUGGCGGAAGUGAUGUUAUAUCAGUCACAACAUGUGCCUAUGGAUUCGAAGGCAUAGGUUGUUCAAGAAAUAUGCGAACAGAAGGCGCCUUCAAUUUAUUGAUUGAAACAUCUACUUCCACCGCGAUAUCAUUCUCGUGGACAAUCGAAAACCUAGUUUUACAAAGCUUGGUUAUCCAGUACAGAACAAGAGGGGUUAUUGAGUGGUCAGAUGCUACAUCUAUCACUGACAUUUCCAUCACAAGCUACGUCUUACACUCACUUCAAGUUAACACGUACUACGAAGUUCAACUUGUGGCAGUAUUUAAUUCUGUAACGGUGAUAGCUGGCGUAACGUACGUAGUAAGAACAUGUGCUGCCCGCCACAGUGGUCCAAAUUGUCAAAGUUCGUAUGCCGUGUGUGCAGCAUAUGGAGAUCCACAUUAUAUUACUUUUGAUGGCUUAGCUUAUGAUUUCCAAGGAGAAUGCGAUUACAUACUGGCCAAGGACUGUCAGCAAGAUCCAAUGGUCCCCAUGCUGCCUUUAUUUGAUAUUGUCGCCCAGAACAGAAAACUGGACACGAAUGCUAGAGUGACUUAUACAAGAGAAGUUACCAUGAAUCUCUUUGGCGUGGAUUUGGCACUAAUGAUAGGCGGCGAGGUUCGUAUAUCAGGAGUCCGCGUCAAUCUCCCUGUGUUAGUCAGUAUCAAUGUUACUGGGUAUGCUGGACUUGACAGGGUUUAUGAUGUAUACCUCUACCACAUGGGUAUAUAUAUUGUUUUAGAGACAGACUUCGGUGUUGCUGUUGCAUGGGAUACUGAAAGUGUCGCCUUAAUAAAAAUGCCGUCUAGUUUUUGGAAUGCAACCUGUGGAUUGUGUGGCAACUACGAUUCCGAACCGAUGAACGAUCCAGCAACGCCAAAUGGAGAUAUAGUUUCUUCUGCAGCCGAGUUUGGAGACAGUUGGGUUUACAACAGACUGCAGUGCUCGGCCGAAACUGACGACGUGGAAGCCUGUGAUGGCGUUGACGAAGCCACCAAGAAUGAAGCUAUGGACAUUUGUUCAAUAUUGACAAAUGUUACUGGGCCAUUUGAACCUUGUCAUCAUCUUGUCGAUACGGACAUCUACGUGUCUGCGUGUAUAUAUGAUUUAUGUGAAACACUGCCUGAGCUGUCGGAUGUGUGUGACAGCCUACAAGUGUAUGCGCAAACCUGUAUUGAGAGAGGCGGCAGUCCACGUGAAUGGAGGUCCAGUAUAUGCCCCAUUGAUUGCCCAGCCGAUUUGGUGUACAGUUCAUGUGCUACUGCUUGUCCUGCGACCUGUUCAAACCCAGACGCCCCUUCACGAUGCAUGUCACCAUGCAUUGAAGGUUGUCAAUGUCCUGCCGGAAAACUGUUGGAUAAAGGCGUUUGUAUUGAUGCCGUAGAUUGUGGUUGUAGUGAUAAUGGGAAAUAUUAUUCUAUUGGUGAAACAUACACUGAAGAAGGAUGCUAUUCUACAUGUACGUGUGGAACAGAUGGUAUUAUUUCAUGCACUGAUACUUCAUGCUCCGGUACAAACACAUAUUGUGGUAUCAAAGAUGGGGUGUAUGGAUGUCAUUGUUUUAACGGGUAUCAAUUAAAAGAAGGAACGUGCGAGAUCGAACACGCUACUUGCAUUGCUUAUGGCGACCCUCAUUACAUCACCUUUGAUGGGAAACAUUAUGAUUUCCAAGGAGAUUGCGAGUACGUGCUUGCCACGUCAAACUGUAGUCACAGUGUUACAGAUAUGCCGUACUUUAAAGUGGUUGGAAAAAAUCAGAAGGACAGACCAAGUGAUAGAGUCAGUUUUACAAGGGAAGUUUAUAUAACUAUUGGAGAAAUGACAAUUUCCCUCCUUCAGGGACUGCGUGUCGACGUCAAUGGAUCGCCAGUGACAUUACCGUAUUCAUACGCAAACAGCGAUCUCAGUGUAAUUGUUAAAACAGCGGGAAGAUACGUGAAAUUGAUCACUAGUUUUCAACUAGUGAUAUUAUGGGACACCGUAGCGAAUCUAGUUGUAUACGUACCAUAUUCAUAUUCCAACAGCACAUGCGGAUUGUGUGGAACACUGAAUUUCGACCCCAGGGAUGAUUUUAUAAUACCCGGAGGAAACCUUGUUGUCAAUGUGACAACUUUCGGUGAAAACUGGAUUGCCAAUCAGAAUGAGUGUACAGUUCCGACACCACCUGAAGAAAAUCCAUGUGAUGUAGUUGAAGAAAUGAUAGUAGCAGAAGCUAAUGAAAGCUGUCACGUCAUACUGAACACCACAGGACCGUUUGGUGGUUGUCAUGAAUUUGUUGAUCCAUGGCCAUAUUAUGAAAGCUGUUUGUACGACAUGUGUGCCAUCCUUAAAGAAGAGUCGUUAUGUGAUGUCCUAGGGGCAUAUACUACCGAGUGUAUGAUAGCUGGUGCGCUGGUGCAACGUUGGCGAACAGACCAAUUUUGUCGUCUUGACUGCCCAGAGAGAGCUAUUUAUACAAGGUCAGCGAGCGCCUGUCCAAAUACCUGCAUUGACACCAGCGCCAAUCGAGCGUGUCAAGAAAUGUCUCUAGAAGGCUGUGAAUGCCCAGACGGAAUGUUACUGGAUGGAAGUAGAUGUGUGACACCUUCUGAAUGCGGCUGUAGGUAUGAAGGACAUAUCUACCCAAUUGCACUCACACCUGCACAUGUACGUCAGACAGACGAGUUGUGUGCGAACCACUUGAAUGUCACGCCGAUGCAGUAUGCCAGAGGGAUGCGACUCAACAAUAUAGAUGCUCUUGUCUCGAUGGAUUUGAAGGAGACGGGGUUCAAACAUGUGAAUUCAGUGAUCGAAUUAUUGCAAGACGGCGAGGUGUUUAUUAACGGUACAAGAGUGAUAUUGCCAUUUGAGACAGAGGACGGUGUCGAGGUAUUCUUCACAGGGCGAUAUGUGCGAUUGUUGUCAGGAUUUGGUCCGAAAAUAACUUGGGACACUCAGAACAUGGUAGCUGUAAACGUACCGCAGGAGUAUAGAAACGCAACAUGCGGUUUGUGUGGCAAUUUUGACGGUGAUGAUAACAAUGACUUUAUAGGACCCGAGUUCACAUUGAUUGAAGAUGUAACGGAAUUCGGGGACAGUUGGUUGUACAAUAGUGAGAUAUGUGAUGUACAAACAGAUCCAGUUGAACCGUGUGAUGAUAGACAACAGGAAGAACUUACUUCUAUUGUUAGUACGUGUAGUAUUAUUUCGGAUUCAACAGGACCUUUUCGUCAAUGCCAUUCACACAUUGAUUACGCACGCCAGAACGAUAGCUGUGUGUAUGACUACUGUGCAACAUAUCCGGUUAAUUACACAGUGUGUGAAAAUUUUGAGGUUCUUGCAUAUUCAUGUAUGCAGCUAAACAUUGAGGUAUAUCCAUGGAGGACAGAAACAUUCUGCCCUUAUACAUGUCCGGCCAAUUCUGAGUAUAGUAUGUGCGUUAACUUGUGUGAACCAACCUGUGAUGAUCCAACUAGACGUACGUGUGGAGGACUAUGUGUAGAAGGCUGUCAGUGUUCGAAAGGAUUUGUUCGUCAGGGAAGAGAAUGUAUUGCAAUAGAUCAGUGCGGUUGUUUGGACGGCGGCGUAUUUCAUAGGCCGGACACGACAUUCAUACGUGAAGGAUGUUUGGAAAAAUGUUCAUGUUCUACUCAUAGAAUAAUAACAUGUGACACGCUGCAUUGUAACAAAAAUGCUUACUGUGGAUUUCAAAAUGGACUCAAUUAUGGUUGCCAUUGCAAAGACGGUUAUAACGGAGAUGGGCCAUUUUAUGGGUGUCAUAACAGCAGUGAUCCAGUGAGUUACUACGAUAACUGUGUUUAUGAUAUGUGUGCUUUCCCCGGCGACGAGAGUUUAUGUGAUACACUUGAAUCUUAUGCUAGAACCUGUGUCGAGAAUGGAGGUGAAUUAUUGCCCUGGAGAAGGCCAGACUUCUGUCCCCUCAGUUGUCCGGAAGGAGCAGUUUAUAAAAUGCUAACAAGUGCCUGCCCAAAUACGUGCGUGAACCCGACGGCGAGCAAUCAGUGUAUGGAGAAUGAGGUAGAAGGGUGUGAAUGUGAAGAUGGCAAGUUAUUUGAUGGUGAGAAGUGUGUGUCACCGCGGGACUGUGGAUGCAGAUAUGCUGGUAAAAUAUAUAAACGAGAAAGUACAUUUGUACGCAGAGGAUGCAGUCAUAUUUGUGAAUGUACAAUUGAUGGAGAAACCAAGUGUACUACAUUAGAAUGUGACGUCAAUGCAUACUGUGAUAUAGAUCUCAAUAGUGAUUAUGGAUGUCGCUGUUUUCAGGGAUUUGAAGGGGAUGGAGUACAUGAUUGCCAACAAACUGAUGGAGUUUGUAAAUUGUACGGUGAUCCACAUUAUAUUACCUUCGAUGGACAAGCAUACGAUUUCCAAGGUAUUUGCAAGUAUACUUUGAUGAAAACCUGUUAUGAUAUGCUGAAUCAAACCGAAAUUGAGAUCAUUGUUGAUAAUUACAAGAUACACCAACAAGAUAGUGUGUCAUGGACAAGAGGGGUCAUCAUCUAUGUGUAUAAUACGGUUUUUGAAUUGAUGCAAGGCGAUGUGUCAGUCAACGGUUCCAAUGUGUGGCUACCUUAUGAAAGUGACUUAGUGAAUAUUGUAUACAUUGGCCGAUACGUGCAAUUGUUAACAGACUUCGGCGUGAGUGUCACAUGGGACACAGUGCAAGCAGCAUUUGUAAAUGUGCCUUCUUCAUAUCAUAAUUUAACAUGUGGCCUAUGUGGAAAUUUUGAUGGUGACCAUAGCAACGAUUUCAUGGAUCCUGAUAGUAAACUUCUAACGGAUGGGACAGAUUUCGGCAAUAGUUGGCUGUACGACAGUGAUACAUGUAACAUACCUGCUGAAGUUGUUGAUCCAUGCAUGAACAGAACUGAAGAGGAGACUGCAUUGAUUUUUGAUGCUUGCGCUAUCAUAACAGACUCUCAAGGUCCGUUCAGGAAUUGCUCGGACACAGACUUCACCUUCUUGCAAGACACAUGUGAAUAUGAUUAUUGUGCAACGUUUCCGGAUAACCGUACUGUCUGCGAGAACAUUGAGGUUCUUGUUUACACGUGUAUGCAAAGCAACAUUGAAGUGUUACCAUGGAGAUCUGAGACAUUCUGUCCGUUUGAAUGUGCUGAAAACAGUGAGUACAGCCUGUGUGCUAAUGAGUGCGAGCCAACCUGUGAUAACCCGUUAGUACCUCAGUCAUGUCCUGUUAUAUGUGUGGAAGGCUGUAAAUGUUCUGAUGGUUAUGUUCGCCAAGGCAGGGAAUGCAUACCAGCUGGUGACUGUGGGUGUUUUCACGAAGGGAUGUACUACAUGAUUGGAACAAUGUUGAUAAACAACGAUUGUACUGAAGCAUGUGUAUGUACCCGAGAUCUUGAGUUUGUGUGUGAUACAAUGACAUGCCAUGAACGUGCAUUCUGUGCUAUGAACGAGCAAGACAAUUAUGGAUGCCAGUGCCACGAAGGCUUUGAAGGUGAUGGGAUUGACGAGUGCGAAAUGAGUGAUGCAACCUGUAAAGCAUAUGGUGAUCCUCAUUACGUCACUUUUGAUGGACUGACAUACAGUUUCCAAGGUGACUGUCGGUACACAAUGAUGAAAACGUGUCGCGACGUACUAAACAAUCCAGAAAUUGAAAUAGUUGUUGAAAAUUAUCGCAUGUACGAAGGAUUGAAACUUACAUGGACUAAGGAAGUUGCUGUCUAUGUGUAUGGCACCGAGUUCCUAUUGAAACAAGGCGGGGGCGUGGUGAUGAAUGGCACGAAUAUGACAUUACCACUCACAACAGAACACAACGUAAAAGUCAAAGACACUGGCAGAUAUGUGCGACUGAUAACAGAUUUUGGUGUGCGCGUAACCUGGGACACUGAAAAAACCGUUUUUGUGAGAGUGUCGAAAGAUUAUUUCAAUUCGACGUGUGGUUUGUGCAGCAACUUUGAUGGUGAUGAUACAAAUGAGUUUAUCGGUACAAAUGGCACAGAGCUUAGCACGGAAUCCUUUGGAGAUAGUUGGUUGUAUGGAGAGAAGCCAUGUAAUGCAACGGAGUAUAUAGAACCAUGUAAGGAUAUUCCUUUUACUGACUUGAUGACGAUAAUUGAUGUCUGCGGUGUGUUAUAUGACCCAUUAGGACCGUUCAGGAAUUGUCUGGAUGCAAUUGAUUAUGCAAGUUUGAACGUAACAUGUGAAUAUGACUACUGUGCAACAUAUCCAGAUAAUUACACAGUGUGUGGAAAUAUUGAGGUCCUUGUGUAUUCGUGUAUGCAGUUAAACAUCGAGGUGUAUCCAUGGAGAACUGAGACAUUCUGUCCCUUCGAUUGUACCGACAACGCAGAAUAUAAACUGUGCGUCGAUGAGUGUGAGCCAACAUGCAGCGAUCCAACACCAACAGAACAAUGUAACAACCUAUGUGUAGAAGGAUGUCAAUGCGUUGACGGUUUUGUUCGACGGGGUCGGGAGUGUGUAUUAAUCGAUGAAUGUGGCUGUAUUGACGAUGAUGGAGUGUUGUAUGAGCCUGAUACGACAUUUAUUCGUGAUGGAUGUACUGAAACGUGCACAUGUAGUGGCAGUGGUACCCUGGUAUGUUCCCCCAUGGCAUGUCAUACGCAUGCGUACUGUAACAACGAAGACAAUGAAAAUACGUGUCAGUGCAUGGAGGGAUAUGAAGGCGACGGAAUAGAGAGCUGUCUUCCGGCUCACGGUACCUGUGUGGCUUAUGGUGAUCCUCACUACACUACAUUUGACGGCAUUGUAUAUGACUUCCAAGGAGAUUGUCAGUACACAUUAAUGAAAAACUGUCAGGAUGUCAUUGAUAGUCCCCCUAUUGAAAUAAUUGUGGAAAAUUACAAAGACGAUCCUUCAAGUAGUGUGGCAUGGACAAAGGGUGUCAUUAUAGCUUUGAAUAACACGGAGAUUAAACUGAUGAAAGGAGGCGCAAUAUUUGUAAAUGACUUAAAGGUGAAUCUGCCCUUGCAUCUUGACAUUGGCGUGGACGUCAUCUACACAGGCAGAUACGUGCGUUUGGUGGCUGAUUUUGGUGUGGAGGUCAGCUGGGACACGGUGUCUACGGUGUUUGUAAGCGUGCAUGGAAAGUAUUAUAAUUCAACCUGUGGUCUGUGUGGAAAUUUUGAUGGCGAUGAUACUAAUGAAUUUAUUAGCCCACACGGCGAAACGGCAAAGUAUAGCCAAGUUCAUUCACAGAUAGAGGAAAUGGCGGAGUUUGGUAACACUUGGGUUGCCAAUAGCGACGCUUGUAGCUCAACAGCGUUGGACGUUGAUCCAUGUGAGGGCCUGGAGGUCAAAGAUGACGAAAUACAAAUGUGUAAUAUUAUAUCAGAUGCAAAUGGGCCGUUUGCACAGUGUCACGACAGCCUUAACCCAGCCCGGUACAUGGAAACUUGUAUUUAUGAUGCGUGUGGGUCAUCCCUUGACGCAUACGCCGUUUGCUCUGUAAUUAGUGUGUAUGUACAAAGCUGUCAAGACAUCGGUGUUGAACUUCAGGAGUGGAGAAAUGAAUCAUUCUGUCAUUUCUCGAUGAUUGCUCCAUUCAAUUUGUUUCUGCAUCAAGUAGCAGAGACGUCAAUCACAUUGUCAUGGUCGUUGGAUGUACAGGUGCAGUCACUGACAAUCCAGUACAGUGUCGUGGGAGAAUCGGGAAGAGAAGAAUGGAUCGAUUACGUGACAUAUUACACUGAUCGUAGCCUGGGUUUGUUGCAGAAUCUCAUACCAGAUACGUCCUAUAUAAUUCGGAUUAAAGUACAGCAUAGCAAUGGUUCUAUCUACUACUCUAUACCUAUUACAAUUACGACAUGUCCAAGUGGUUGGCAAGGAGUUAACUGUGAACUAAGAGUUCCUGUCAAAGCACCUUAUGACAUCAUUAUAUGGCAGUUGAACAGUGUAUCCGUAUAUAUGACAUGGUCAUUGGACAUUGACGAUGUUCAGGAGUUAACGGUUCAGUACUGGAAUAUGUCAUCGGAAGAAUGGAUUAGUACUACAACUAUUCCACGAAAACGACUCGACUAUGCAUUGUAUGAGCUAUCCCCGGUGACAAUGUAUACCGUGCGUGUAGUCGUAUUGGAUAAUAUGAGAGCGAAAGGACCUUUUAACAUUCUUAUGUCUCAAGUGCAAACCCAGUCGCUUCGAAUUACCUGGUCAUUGCUUCUCGGCGCAGAUAACAUUGAAGUUAAAUAUAGACGCCGCGGAAAUACAGACUGGGAAGACCCACCCCUCCAAAUUUCUGGAAAUCAACGGUCAAUACUGAUAAAUGGACGCAUUCCAGCAGAAUAUUUAGAAGUUUCUGUGGUAGCUUUCCGUAAUACUGUUCAAUACAAUAGUCUACUGUCUGUUGCACGAAGCUGUCCACUAUAUACAGUGGGCCUGAAUUGCGAAGAAGAUCUGAAUAGCCUUAUACCAUAUGACAUAGUAGCGGAAACGACGCUUUCUGAAGGACUGCGGAUAGCAUGGUCAAUCCACGCCGAAGCCAGUCACAAUUGGAGCAUACUACGAUACAGGGAAAUCGGAGAAAGUGAUUGGACUUUGACAAAUGAACUUACCCAUGAAACGUCUGUUAACAUCUAUAAUCUUACUGCGUUAACAACAUACGAAAUACAGGUGUACAUAUCCGUGGACGAUGAAUAUUAUUACAGCAUAAUUGCAUUGUUUGGUACCUGUCCUAGCGGGUGGCCAGCGGAACAAGGAAAAGUCUGCGAUAUUGUUAUCGACCAGAAAUAUAUGGAGAGCUUGGACACACAAUUUGAGUAUUAUACGUCAUUUUCGGUGCAUAGUAUAGUUACGUUUUCUCAAGCCGACCGCAUUUCGUGGAUUGAAAUUCAAUACAAUGACGCUAAUACCGAGUAUUGGUAUAAACUUCCUACUGCAGAAGACUGUACUACGUGUUACUAUAUAAUUACCGAAUUACAGGCUUCUACGCUGUAUAAUAUGUUAAUAUUUGUCAUGCGUGUAGAUGGAACGUUUGGAUACAGUGUUGUAUCACAAUUCACAACGUGUAAGAUGCUCUACCAUGGUUCACAAUUAUGUGAGCAAGGUCGCGAAGUGUUUUCAACUUGGGGAGGCAUGCAUUAUCAAACGUUUGAUGGUACAUUGUUCGACUAUAACGGAGAAUGUGAAUACGUGUUGAUUGACACAUGCAUGGCUGAAGAUAGAAACCAAUUCACUGUGAUUGCUGAUGCUGGCAAAACAUCCGAAUCCGUAGCAUUUAUGGAAAGCUUCAAUGUCAGUGUAUUUAGCGUG